UCCGGCCGCAGAGAGCCCGGCGGAGCUGAGCCCCCCGGGGCUGGAAGGGGAGCCCCACCACGGCGCCUACACCACCUUCAUGAAGUCCCACCGCUGCUACGACCUGAUCCCCACCAGCUCCAAACUGGUCGUCUUCGACACUUCCCUGCAGGUGAAGAAGGCUUUCUUCGCGCUGGUCACCAACGGCGUACGGGCUGCCCCGCUGUGGGACAGCAAGAAGCAAAGCUUUGUGGGCAUGCUGACCAUCACCGACUUCAUCAACAUCCUGCACCGCUACUACAAGUCGCCCAUGGUGCAGAUCUACGAGCUGGAGGAGCACAAAAUAGAGACGUGGCGAGAGCUCUACCUACAAGACUCCUUCAAGCCGCUGGUCUGCAUCUCCCCCAAUGCCAGCCUUUUUGACGCCGUCACCUCCCUGAUCCGGAACAAGAUCCACCGCUUGCCCGUCAUCGACCCCGACUCGGGGAACACGCUCUACAUCCUCACCCACAAACGCAUCCUCAAGUUCCUCAAACUCUUUAUAGCAGAGGUCCCAAAGCCCGAGUUCAUGGCCAAGACGCUGGAGGAGCUGCGGAUCGGCACCUACAGCAACAUCGCCGUGGUGCGGACCAGCACCCCCAUCUACGUGGCGCUGGGCAUCUUUGUGCAGCACCGCGUGUCCGCUCUGCCGGUCGUUGAUGAUUCGGGGCGGGUGGUGGAUAUCUACUCCAAAUUCGAUGUUAUUAACCUGGCGGCCGAGAAGACCUACAACAACAACAACCUGGACGUGACGGUGACGCGGGCGCUGCAGCACCGCUCCCACUACUUUGAGGGCGUCCUCAAGUGUUACAGGCACGAGACGCUGGAAACCAUCAUCAACCGUCUGGUAGAGGCCGAGGUUCACCGGCUGGUGGUGGUGGAUGAGAGCGACGUGGUGAAGGGGAUCGUCUCUCUCUCGGACAUCCUGCAAGCCCUGGUCCUCCCGGAGGGCCCCUGAGGUGGCGGGGGGGGGAUUCAGCCCCUCCUGGUGCCCCCACUCUCCUCUGCUGCCGUGCCGUGCCCCCCCCGGGCUGGCGGGGACACCCUGGGGCGGGGACCCCACUCACCAGCAGCAUCCAGCAAUAACCUCCAGCCGUGGGGCAGCCCCACACCGCCCCAGUCCUUCCCCAGGC